GGACCGCCCAUGCAUGCAUCACGCGCAAGCAGCAGCACGCGCAAGCCCCUAAAGCAGCUUUAUUUUGGCUGCGUGCUGGUCACGGGAGCUGUGGGCUUUUGCUGCCCUGCGGCCGUGCCGUGCCGUGCGAGAGGUCGACUCACACUCCAGAUUAGAUGUGCUUGCCUCGAUCAGCUUCAAAGUUCAGCGAGCACCCAUUAUUCAUUCGGCUCGGAGCCUCCAGAUUUCCACAACACCUGCUGUAUACCCGCACGCCUAGCCCAGAGCACGACCUGGAUGCAUGUCGCCGAGAUUACUCUGAAUUCGGUGCAAACUUCACACCCUCACAAGGUGGACACCAGCAACUUCAGCGAGACUGUUGGAUCAUGAAGAAGUUUCUUCGAGGAGGAGACAGUCGGCCAGCCGGUUCAAACCUGCCGGAGAGUCCGCAGAACAACGCUGCCGGGCGGAACGAUGAUUGGCAAUCAGCCGACGCAGCCUACAGCAAUUUGGCCCCGCCCCAAAUGCCGGUCGCAGUAGCAGGCAACUUGACGUCCAGCUAUGACGCGGCGAGCAUCAGUGGAUCUAUUCGAUCAAGCACGCCCAGUGGGCCCGCUUACGUCCCGUUCUCACCCCAGGCCUCGGCCGCGGCCGCGGCCGCAGCAGCAGCGGCCUACUUUGACUUCAAUCCUCACGCAGCGCUUGGUGUGCCUGGUGUGGGCGGUACGCCAACCACUCCUGGAGUUGCCGCUCUGACUCCUUCCAUCUCUCCGUCGGGCUCCUAUAAUGUCUCUGGAAGAUCCACUAGUCCGACGCCAACCACGGGAACCGUGUCCGCGUCACCUGGUGGGAAUGGACCUCAGUUGGAGAGAAGCGAUCUGCACAAGAGCCUCAAGUCUCUCGAAUCGCUACUCGUCACUUUCGAUGAGUACAGGGACCUGAGCGCUCGCAUGGCCAAGUGCGAGAAGCGUCUGGCGAAAGGAGCCAAGGAGCUUGGUCAAGGGAAGGCGUAUGCUGAAGUGCCUGGCCAAACGCUGAUCACGUCAGCCGCUCUGCUCGAAAGCAUUUCUGAGGUCUCGACGAAGCAUUCGAAGCUGGUUCAGCGCGAGUAUGAAUCUCUAAAUGACCACUGUGCCAAGUUUUUUAAGCGGGUAGCCAAGGAAGAGCGAGCUCACGAUGAGACAUUAGAGACGCUCGACAGCAAAGUCAAGAAGGCACACGCAGGCCACGAAAAGAAUGUCAAAAAAUCGGGCGGAAGGGCCAUCGAGAGUCACGACCGUUACAUUGCUCAGGUGAGCGCGCUGACGGCGGACAUCACACGCGCGAAAGCCACCCAUGCAAGUAGUGUUGGAGCCAAGAGCCAAGCCACCAGUCUAGUGGUUGCCGCAGCGCUGGGAGGUUUAGCAGACUCGGAAUUCCGCAGAACAUGCGAAGCGGUGCGCAGAAGUGGGGCGCACGUGGGUCGUGUCAACUCUUGGCUGAAUCUAGCAGUCAGCGAAGCUAUGCCCGCUGGUGGAGAGCCUGCAGACCUUUCCGAAGAAGAAAUCGGCAAGGCAACGAUGCUAGCAAUAGCAGAAUUGCAGGCGCAAGCUAAUUUGGCAGCCAGAGAGGCCGCCUUGAGCAGCGCUAGGGAACAAGCGCAAGCUGCUUGGACCGCACAGCAGCUUGGCUGGGUCCCCCCGGCUGCCGCAAGAGCGAGCACUCCUGCCUCCAACGACCCCAAGCCAGAGGGAUUGGAACAGUCACCCCAAGUCAUGCGCAGCUUGCCCAGAUUAGACAGUAGCGGUAGAGUAGUGGACGCCAGCGCCACGUCGCCGUCAUUCGUCGAGGAGAAAAACGGCGAGCUGGACGCUCAGACUGCGCGUACUUCCGAAAGCGCCAAUGCGAACGCCCCACCCUUGUACUCUCAUGGCGGCACCGGAUCAGCUGCAGCGGUUGCUAAGCCAGUAGGGCCUCGCGUGCUUGACCGCAAGCCGUCAGGGCCAUCCAACCAGACAGGUGGCGCGCUUGCCGAUGAAAACCCGGUCGAUGCAGCGAGCGAGAAGGCUCCAGCUGAGAAGGAGAGCAUCGGGAAAGCACGUGGUCUGCUCGGCUUCGCCAGGCGUAAACAUAGCAUGGGCCUAUCGACUGCCAGCAAUACCGCGACUUCCUCCGCGGUCGGGCCAAACGCCACUACGCCCAUCGCUUCCAACCCCCUGGAACGCGCUGCGACCAACGCCGGCAUGCGCAGCAGCAGUGCUGCUGAAACAGUGGAUGCCGAGCAGAAGCUCGGCGGUGGACACACGCAGCGAGACUCGAGCGUUGCGGAGGGCACGAUCAUCGAUCGUGGUGAGCCUAGCUCUCCCGCUAGCCCUCCGCGCAUUCCCACAGAUGUCCGUGGCGCCGCCCUUGCGACGUCUGCUGAUCGGAACGUGACGCGCAAUACUGAUGCCUCCGAGGCUAACACUGCCGCCGCUAGCGACAGUACCGGCAGUGGCAGUCGCACGACAGGCAACUCCUCCGACUCGUCCGCAGCUGCCCCGGCAACACCCCGUGAUCUGGAGCCAGUCCGCCCACUGUCGAGCGUCAAAGAAGCACAAUCGAUGAGGUUGUCGGGUCCAGACCGUGACGGUAACAGCACGGGUCUCACAGGCGGAGUUGGCUUAGGGUUUCCGCGGAAGGAAGGGCCCGAGAUCAGUGCUCGCACCGAGGCGCCGCCGCCUGGUCAGCUACACGAGCGCAGAUUGUCCUUGUGGGAAAGGGAAAGGGAACGAGAAAAGUUGAUGGAGCGUGAAGCGGAUCUUGCCAGAAGAUUGCAGGACGCCGAGACACAGCUGAGGGAUCGCAACCGUGCUGGAGGGCAAGGUCUUGGAGAUGCUCGCGAAAAUGUUGAUAGCCCUGACACGAGCCGGUCUAGACCUGAUCGCUCAUUUGCAGAUUCUAGUGCUGGCACGACCCCAACAAAGGCCGCGCCCUCGAGCUCAGUCAACCGGGCAGGUGUGGGCUCCUUUUCUGGUCGCCCGACGUCAAGCAAGCCUGAACCUACCUUAGAAGAUCGCGAGCGGGAGCGAGAGCGCUAUGUUCCCUCGGUUGGCGGCAGCCGCCUGUCCGGCGCUAGCGUCUCUCGCACCCUGAGCACAGAGAGCGAGCGCAGCUUUGUUGCUCGCAUGAAAGCGCGAUACCAAGUCGAAAAGAUGGAACGAGAAGAAGAGCAGCAGAACAAAGGGUACAGGCGCGUUACAUCCAACCCUCCAGCGGAUAUGCCGAAGAACACGCGGCGCGUCUCGGACAUUGCAUCGAGCUACGGCCAACGCGCAUACGACGGCGGGAGCGCGCUGGAUCGCGAGCGAGAUGCGUACCCAGCUGCACCACAGGGAGGCUACUACGGAGAUCGUGAACGGGCGCGCGCGAGGAGCCCAGUCCCUCCUCGAGCCGCGUUCGCCUCGCCUCCGCCACAAUUACCAUCGCGCACCUCUGCGGAUGCGGAUGAUGAUCCGCCCCACUCUGAAGUCUGCGGCUGCCAGAGGUGCAGUGCAAGACACUACGGCUCUGGUGGAGGGAGCGCAAACGCACCGUACAGAUCCACCGUGACGGAUCCGUACGCGACGUCCUCCUCUCGCGCUCGCGCUCAUGGCUAUGGCGAUGCUUUGAGCGGGCAGGCUCAAGCGCCACGACCACCUCCCCGACACCCGACCGCCUUGGCUGCCGAAAGAGCUGCUGCCUCGCUGCAUCCACCAAUUGCAGGAGGUGCUCGAGACUCGGCGACGAGGAGGCAGAGUUUGCCUCCUCCACGAAGCCAGGAUUCUGGACAAGCGAGAGCGUAUUACGAUGAGGAGUUUGGAGCAAGGCAGAGUCCAUAUCGAGACAAUGAUUGGGAGAGAGAGGCGCGUCAGGGAAGACUUGGCCCUUAUCCCGAUGAUAGAGAGCGGGACAAGGCAUACCCUCGAAGAUCUUACGACGACUUGCCAGAGAGGCGCGUCGCUUUCGCCCAGCAGACACAGACUAUUCGAUGAGGUGGUUCUGCGGCAUAUUUGCAGCCGCACUGCGAUCGGAUACAGCUACUUUACGAACCCUAUCUUUCGACUUCACUAUACCCUCAAAUGGCGCCAACAGCUCAAUGUCGUCUCGAUGAUCACCCUUUCGCGUUGCAAGGCUGCGAAUCUCGAGUCGUGCUCGAUCUCACAUCCUGCAUGUCAAAGGCUGAAAUUGUACAAUCAUGAAUCGAGCUCUGCGUGCGCGCGAUGAAUGUGAC